UACCAACGUUGUGUAAAUGGUUCAUAGACUAGAUUGUCAUCAUUGUCUUAAUGAUUUGAUCAAACUGUCACAUUCCUUUAAAAAAAUAUGCCAGAUUCUCCAGGUACAGCAUUUAUAUCACCGUUUAAAAGACCAUGGCUCAAAGACUCCAGUGUAGCUGCGCCAGCUGGAGGUGGCAAUCUUGGCUUAAGAGGCGUGUUUGUAGGUGGGGUUACGGGAGGGAUUGAAAUAUGUAUAACUUAUCCCACCGAAUACGUAAAAACCCAACUUCAACUGGACGAGAAAGGUGAAAGGAAAAAAUACCAGGGCAUAAUAGAUUGCGUGAAAGUGACCGUAAGAGAACGAGGAAUUUUGGGCCUUUACAGAGGACUCAGCAUCUUGAUCGUGGGAUCUAUUCCAAAAAGUGCAGUGCGAUUUGGUUCUUACGAAACUUAUAAAGGUUUCAUGAUGGGCCCGGAUAGGAAAUUUGGCCCAACUCAAAGUUUAAUAUGCGGUUUAGGUGCCGGGAUAUCAGAAGCCAUCCUUGCAGUGACACCGAUGGAAACUAUUAAAGUUAAAUUUAUUAACGAUCAACGAUCAGCCCAACCGCAGUAUAGAGGACUAGUUCAUGGAUUAGGAGUUAUUGUUAAAACUCAAGGUGUUUCAGGAUUGUAUAAAGGAGUCAUCGCCACAAUAAUUAAACAAGGUACAAAUCAGGCUACCAGAUUCUGGGUAAUGGAAACUUGCAAGAUGCAUUACAGGGGAGGUGAUCCAAAUAAAAGUAUUCCGAAGCCAUGGAUUGCGUUAUUCGGAGCUCUUGCUGGUCUUGCCUCCGUUUACGUUAACAAUCCGAUUGACGUCGUGAAAACCAGGAUGCAAGGACUGGAGGCACACAAGUAUAAAAAUACGCUGCACUGUUUGAUUAGUGUAGGAAGAAAUGAGGGACCACUGGCUUACUACAAAGGAUCGAUACCUAGGUUAAGUCGCGUUGUUUUUGAUGUUGCUAUAACGUUUACUAUUUACGAAACCAUCAUGGAUAUAUUAAAUGUUAUUUGGCCAAAGUAAUUCGAAUUGAUAUAUUUGUGGGUUAAUCCAUAUGAAGUGGUUAGUUUAGACCUAAAAAUAAUAAAAUCAUUUCACGUGGAAUAUCCCUGUUAUCAUAUGUAGUUAUACAAAAUAUUUUUUUAAUUAGACUUAUUUUAUUAAAAAUGGUGUAAUAAAUGUUAUAAUCAUUACUAAUUUCUAAUUAAAGUUGUCUAUAAUUAUUAUUAAACCAAUGAAACAGUCAGAGGAAUAGGAAUUGGUCUUGCAAAUUAGUUGCAUUUUAAAAUGUUUUGUUGAUUAGAUACUUUUAUUAGGCCGAUCAGUUGUAAUAAAAUUGUAAUAUUAACUACAAAUAAGCA